AUGUCGUACACUCAACAAUAUCAGGGUAUCGGUGGAAAUCCAUAUCAGAAUUCUGGCGCCGCUGAAGCCGGUUAUGGAGGUAAUAAUUCAGCCCAACAAGGACUCUCCCACGAAAUGUCAAAUUACUCCAACACAUCCAACUAUUCCUCCGGUACACCCGGCGCCGCCAUCCCACCCCCCAGCAACAAUAUCCUCACCCAACAAGCCUUCCUCGACCGCGUCGACUUCGCCAAAUCCGAAAUCCGCUCCCUCUCCUCCAACAUCUCUCAAAUCGCCACUCUGCAUCAACGCGCCCUCUCUUCCCCCGAUUCCUCUUCGACCGCUUCCCUCGAGAACCUCGUCACGCAAACCCAGCUCAAAAAUACCCAAAUUCGUGAUCAAAUCAAAUAUUUGGAAGCCGAUGCUCUCAAGACGCAAGAUGGGACUAAGAAUGUCAAGGUCACGCAAGCUAAGAGACUGAAGACGGAAUUUGAGAAUCAGUUGCAGCAGUACAGGGAAGAGGAGUUGAAUUAUAGAAAUGAAUACAGGCGUCAAAUUGGAAGACAAUAUCGUAUUGUUAAUCCUGAAGCUACGGAGGCUGAGGUUGAAGAGGCUAGUCAGAUGGAUUGGGGUUCGGAGGGUGUUUUUCAAACUGCUCUCAAAUCCAAUCGAUCCGGCCAAGCCUCCUCGGUCCUCGGAGCCGUACGCGCCCGUCACAAUGAACUCCAACGCAUCGAAGCUACCCUCACCGACCUCGCCGCCAUGUUCGCCGACAUGGCCCAAAUAGUCGAAGCCCAAGAUCCCGUCGUCGAACAUACAGAACAAAACGCCAUUAAAACCGCCGAUGAUGUCGAUAGAGGAAACACGGAAAUCGACAAGGCGAAUGAGCAUGCGAGACGUAGAAAUAGAUUAAAGUGGUGGUGUUUGUUAGUUACGAUUAUUAUUGUCUUGGCUAUUGCGCUGGGAGUCGGGCUGGGUGUCGGGUUGGCGGUCAAGGGGGCCAAGACUGCUACUAAUUAA